AUGCCCUGGAAUUCCUCCACAAAGUCCUUCAAAAUUUGUCGUUGCUGUAUGAAAUGGCGAUGCAAGUGUCUAGUCCCUCGGCAAGGCAAGCCUUUGCCGCCAUUCAACAGCGGAUUAAAACGAGACGCGAACAUUGGAAUGCAUCCAAAAUUUUAUCAGGCUGCAUCUGAUGCACCUGGUGUAGGAUCAUACGAUCUCCCAGCGUUGAGUACAAAAUCUACUGCCCGGAACUGGAAGAAAGAGUUAGAGACUGCAGAAUUUUCAGCUACAAUGGGAGGACGACUUGUAGAAAAAUACACGGUCGACAGAGAACGAAUGAAAACUGGAUUGGGGCCCGGGAUCCACGAGAUCUCUCAAUGGCCUGAGAACAUCCUGGAAAAAUCUUGUAAAACUAUUCGGAGGGACGCGGAUUUUGGAACUGUUCAUCGGUUCAAGCCUGAUAUAAAGUCUGCUACCCCUGGACCAGGUGUACAUCGCUACACGAAGAAAAAUCCCUAUCACUAUCUCGAUGAAAAUAAACGAAGAGGACUUUCCUGUGUACCCUCUUUCGAGUACGACGGCUUGCGACCUAGAUUCUCCACCAUUUUGAAGCCCUGGAGUUUACCCUGCAAUUUGUACAAUGCGAAGUAUCCGGAAACUCUUGAGGCAUUCUUGAAGAAAGUUACCGGGAAGAGGGGACCCUACGAUUUGUUCACAGGUCCAAGGGACGAGAGAACGCUGAUAGGCUAUCAGAAGUCUAUAAAGUUGGAAGAUCGCGGCGAAUGGCCUAAAUCGUUGCCAAGCGAGCUGGAUAAACUGUUGCAAAAGUCCAACUACUUUAAAGGACGCUGGACUACUUGUCCAAGAUUUCCUAAAAAAUCAGGGUUGAGGUUGAUGCUACAAGAUCUUGCGUUGUCCUAUAAGGACCCUAGUCACCCAGGACCUGGCCACUACAACCCAAAAUCCCCUGGGAAACCCAAGAACGCGAAGAAUUAUCCAUUUAACAGCAACGUCGACUUCGUCAGGCCAGGUCCUCCAUUUGAAAUUCAGCCUGGACCAGGAAGAUACAGGAUUAAAGAGACAGAGAAGAUACGAGGACACGGUUGGACUUGGGUGUUCAAGAGCAAGGCGCCGAGAACGAAUUUUCUUAUCACGCGAUCUUAUAGGAGUUUUUAA